AUGGCUGCUGUACCCGAUGUAGAGAUGGAGAGUGUGAAUCUGAACACGGAGAGAGAGGGAAAGGAAGAUCUGGAGGAGGAGACAGUGAGAGAGGACGGGAAAAGUAAAGACCUCCCCCGGAGCAGAAAGGUCCACAGGAUUGUCUCAAAGUGGAUGCUCCCUGAGCCAGUCCGAAGGACUUACCUGGAGAGAGCCAGCUGCCUCCCGCCCCCACUGUUCAUCAUCCUCAUCAGCCUGGCUGAGCUGGCCGUGUUUAUUUAUUACGCUGUGUGGAAGCCCCAGAAGCAAUGGAUCACCCUGGACGAGGGGAUCUUGAAAAGUCCCUUUACUUACCGCCCCGAGAAGAGGGAGGAAGCCUGGAGGUUCAUCUCAUACAUGCUGGUCCAUGCUGGAGUCCAGCAUAUCGUGGGGAAUCUUUUUAUGCAGCUUGUUCUGGGCAUUCCCUUGGAAAUGGUCCACAAAGGCCUCCGAGUGGGGCUGGUGUACCUGGCAGGAGUGCUGGCAGGUUCCCUUGCCAGCUCCAUUUUUGACCCCCUUAAGUCUCUUGUGGGUGCUUCCGGAGGAGUCUAUGCGUUGAUGGGAGGCUAUUUUAUGAAUGUUAUAGUGAACUUUCGAGAAAUGAUUCCUGCUUUUGGAAUCUUCAGACUACUCGCCAUCAUCCUGAUAGUUGCGUCAGACAUUGGAUUUGCUCUGUACAGAAGAUUCUUUAUUCCUGAGAGCGGGUCUCCGGUUUCCUUUGCGGCUCACAUUGCAGGCGGAUUUGCUGGGAUGUCCAUAGGUUACACUGUGUUCAGCUGCUUUGACAAGGCGCUGCUCAAAGACCCCAGGUUCUGGAUCGCGAUUGCCGCCUACGGAGCGUUCCUCUUAUUUGCUGUGUUCUUCAACGUCUUUCUGUCCCCAGCAAACUGAGUCGCCUCUGGCAGAAGUGCC